AUGCCCUCGCUCGCCAACUCGCUGACACCCGACCCGGUCGCGCCCCUCAGGGACCUGCCCGUGAACGACGAGCAUGUCGCGCUCCCGCCCUGGAAAGCCGGCGGCCGGCAGCCGGCCUUUGCCAUUCACGUGGACGCAGCGGAGGAGCCGGCCGACAGCAGGCCGGGCUCGGCCGCAGCCGCCGACCCUGAGUGCGAGGACGAGCUGGCCCUCAGCUCCGCCGUGGCCCUGCCCGGGCCGAGGAGGCCGCUGGCGCCCCUGGACUACCCGAUGGACGGCAGUUUCGAGUCGCCGCAUAGUAUGGACAUGUCGAUCGUCCUGGAAGAUGAAAAGCCAGUGAGCGUUAAUGAAGUGCCCGACUACCAUGAGGACAUUCACACGUACCUGAGGGAAAUGGAGGUCAAGUGUAAGCCCAAAGUGGGCUACAUGAAGAAGCAGCCGGACAUCACUAACAGCAUGCGCGCGAUCCUCGUGGACUGGUUGGUGGAAGUAGGAGAAGAGUAUAAACUCCAGAACGAGACCCUGCACUUGGCUGUCAACUACAUUGACCGGUUCCUUUCGUCCAUGUCUGUGCUGCGAGGAAAACUUCAGCUUGUGGGCACUGCCGCCAUGCUCUUGGCCUCAAAGUUCGAAGAAAUCUACCCGCCGGAAGUGGCUGAGUUUGUGUACAUUACGGACGACACCUACACGAAGAAGCAGGUCCUGAGGAUGGAGCACCUCGUCCUCAAAGUCCUUGCUUUCGACUUGGCCGCACCCACGGUCAACCAGUUCCUCACCCAGUACUUUCUGCACCAGCAGCCUGCAGAUUGCAAGGUUGAAAGCUUAGCGAUGUUUCUGGGAGAACUGAGCCUGAUAGAUGCCGAGCCGUACCUGAAGUACUUGCCGUCGGUCAUUGCCGCCGCAGCCUUCCACUUAGCACUCUACACCGUCACGGGACAAAGCUGGCCCGAGUCUCUAGUGCAGAAGACUGGCUACACCCUGGACAGCCUGAAGCCUUGUCUGCUGGACCUUCACCAGACCUACCUCAGAGCCCCCCAGCACGCCCAACAGUCAAUCCGAGAAAAGUACAAGAGCUCAAAGUACCAUGGUGUUUCUCUCCUCAGCCCACCAGACACCCUAAACGUGUGACAGGGAGACUGCCUUUGUUUCCUGAGGUGUAGAUCAC